CCAGAUUCCAACAACAUUCUCUUAGCACAACAAAAUGUGUCAGUAUCAAACUGAGAUUUCAGAGUUUGGACAUUAUAACCAAUAUGACAACUUACAACAGGGUGAUAGGUAAGAAUUAACAUCACGACAAGCGUUUGGGAUUUUACAUUUUAAUUGUUCCUCACUCAGGGCUCCGUGCGUAAAAUGCGCAUUUGGCACAAUCAACAGGCAGCUAUAUAGACCAAAGCAAUUUUUCACUGAACAUGACCGAGGAAAAGAGUAAGUCAUUCAGCGACCAUCCAUGUAGUCCAACGGGAACCGCCAGCUCGAUGUCGCAGGACGACUCGGAUUCGGACGUCCCGUCCUCUCCAACCGGCUCCGAUGGACAGGCGCCCGGCAACGGGAUAACCCCAAAAAUGGACACCAGCGAGGAAGAUAAACGGUUUCCCGCGUGCAUCCGAGACGCAGUGUCUCAGGUGCUUAACGGAUACGACUGGUCGCUCGUACCGAUGCCUACACGAGGAGACCGGUCUCUGAAAAACAAACCCCAUGUGAAGCGGCCGAUGAACGCGUUCAUGGUGUGGGCGCAAGCGGCGCGCAGGAAACUAGCUGACCAGUACCCGCAUCUCCACAACGCCGAACUCAGCAAGACCUUGGGGAAGCUCUGGCGCCUGCUCUCUGAAAGCGAGAAGAGGCCAUUUAUGGAGGAGGCAGAGAGACUGAGGGUGCAACACAAGAAAGACUACCCUGACUACAAAUACCAACCCCGGAGAAGGAAGAGCACCAAGCCAGGUCAGUGUAACUCCGACUCCGGGGCUGAGCUGGCCCAAUUCCACCCAGGCCAGAUGUACAAGGCUGAACCUGGUCUGGCCAGACUGAUCUCUAUGGGGAAUGGGCAUAAUCAUCCAGAGCGGACAGGCCAUCCACAUGGUCCCCCCACACCCCCCACCACCCCCAAGACAGAGCUGUAUCUUGGGCUGAAACAUGAUGGCCGGCGCCCCCUGGAUGGGGGACGGCAGAACAUCGACUUCAGCAACUUGGACAUCUCUGAGCUGAGCACCGAUGUCAUCAGCAACAUGGAUGCCUUUGACGUCCAUGAGUUCGACCAGUACCUGCCACUCAACAAGCACAGCUCCGCCCCGGCGCCUCCGGACCAUGGGCACGGGGGUCACGGAUCCAACCCCCCCUCUGGGUCCCUCAGCUCCUCCUACGGCCACUCCCACAGCAAUGCCUUGCCUUGGGGUCCAAAAGGGGCGGGAGCGGAGGCGGCGCUCCCCUCUUCCUCCUCGUCUUCUAGUAACAGCGAUGGCCUUCACCACAGAACGCCGAUCAAAACGGAGCAGUUGAGUCCCAGCCACUACAGCAGCCAGCACUCCCACAGCUCCUCGCCACCCCACCCCGACUACGCCCCCCUCAGCUCUGGAGGCGGCCCCUCCUCUGCAGCCCCCUCAUCCUCCUCCUCCCAGCCCAGCCCCCAGUGUGACUAUGCAGACCUCCAGAGCCCCAGCUACUACAGUGCCUACUCCAGCUACCCCGCAGGUCUCUAUCAGUACCCCUACUUCCACUCCUCUCGUCACCCCUACGGCAAACCGCUCAUCAACAGCGUAGCCAUCCCUCCGCCCCACAGCCCCACCUCAAAUUGGGAGCAGCCGGUCUAUACCACACUCACCAGGCCUUAGACUCAGCAUUGACAGCCUAUGGUGCCUGAUAUGGCUUUCUUCUGUUUUUGCUGUGUUAGUGAGGACAUGACACAAGGCUCAAGGUUGGACACGAUCUAAGAACAACUGCCUGCUGGUUUUGUCAGAAUGGACAGAGAAUCUCUACCCACAUUCAUGCAUGAAUCUUCUGUGGGAAAAAUGUGGAACACACUUCUGUUUUGACCACGAAAUCACAAAUGAAUACAAUUCUAGAUGAACUUUUUAUGUGCCUAUCUGAUGUUCAACUCUUUAUCUCAGAUUGAAUAAUUAUUGUUUGUAUCUAUGUUUUAUAUGAACAUGUUUUAUAUUGGAAUGCACAUUCCGGCUUAACAAAUGCACCAAAUGAAUAGUAAUUCCACUUCUUAGUUACUGUUCAUCACUCCAGUGCAGUUCCAUUCCUUGUCAGAAAAAGCGCUGGGGACUUUCACUCAAGGCAACAGGUGUUCAGUUCUGUUUCCUACAAAUCGAGAUGACAAGAUUUCAGGGUUGAAGGAAAUGAGUAAAAUGAUAUACCAUAUGCUGUGAUUGACUGGACAGCUGGACUGAGGACAGGAACCACCAUGCUCGUCAUAUAGAAUGGACCGCUAAGCCCUGAGCAUCUGCUGGACUUGUCUUCUUCAAAGGUUGACAUGUCCAUUCCAGCACAGCAGUUCUGUGCGGAUGAAGGCCAAAAUGGCUUGUCUUUCUGAAAAGGCAACUGCAAAAAAAAAACAUGGAGAGACUGCCCAAAGGGCAAUCCAGGUUUGGUUAUUGGACUUUUAUACUUGAUAUGUCGACUAGAUUAUUUGUAUGCCGGCUCUAUGAAAACCAGCUAAUAUCAUUUAUAUCCGGUGCUUGUAAAUGCUUGAUGAAUUUAGUGCGCAUGACCACGCAUUUAUGCUGUUUUAUGUUUACCUUUACCAUUAAAUAACUGCAUUGCAGAGUGUUUUCACCAACAA